UCUUAACAUCCAUGUCUGUUAUAAAAUGUAUUUAAAAGAAAUCAUUGUAAGACUGUUCGAGUAACGCUAUAGAAUAAUAAUCAUCAAACAUUAAACUCAUUUAAAAUAAUGGGUAUUAUAUAUAAUAUUAUAUAUAGCAGUGCGUUAAUAUCACUCCUAUUAAUAAAUUAUAUUUACUGCUCAGAAGCAGUACCUCUCACAAAUAUUUAUAGUUCAUUCCCAGAAUUUGGAGACACUAUCAAACAUUAUGAGCGACCUAUACUAGAUUCAGAAACCGAUGCUGUUCUGAGUGGACGAAAAAGCUUUGGUGUCGCAAUGUCCCCGCCAUUUGUAAAUAAAGAUGACAUAAAUAGUAAUUCACAAAAGGCUUACAGUUGUUCCAUAAUGUCGUGCCUGAAUGAUAACGAUACAACAGUUGUUUGUGCCUGCAAUUAUAAUACAGGCAACGUUGUAACGUUCAAAAAUAGUUGCGAUGUAAAAAAACAUAAUUGCAGAUUUAAUACAGAUUUUAAUAUAAUCUUAAAUGAUGUAUGCCCCUGGGAAUUUCAAUCUCGGCGUCAUAACAAAGAAUUUGAAAUUGAUUACACUAACCCUAAGUAUUAUAAUUAAUAAUAAAGAACUAAUUGAAUACGUUUAUUA